AUGAGUCCUCUGAGGUGGCGAGCGUCCCUCUCGCUUCUGCUGCUGCUGGGCGGCUGCCUCCUCGCGGCCGCCGGGAGAAAGCAGGGGGCGGCCGGCGUCGCGGCCGAACCGGCUUCGGGCUCCGCAGGCGGCUCCUCCGGCCGCUUUGUCAGCCCCGAGCGGCACACGUGCAGCUGGCAGCUCCUGCCGCCCGCCCCAGGGCCCGAAGCCGGCAGCGAGCUGGCGCUGCGCUGCCAAGGCCCGGACGGGGCGCGCCACCAGUGCGCCUACCGCGGAGAGCCGGGGCGCUGCGCCGUCUACGCCGCCCGCCGAUCGCACUACUGGAAGCAGGUGCUGGGCGGGCUGCGCAGGAAGCGGCGGCCCUGCCACGACCCCGCGCCGCUCAAGGCCCGCCUGUGCGCCGGCAAGAAGGGCCGUGGCGCGGAGCUGCGCCUGGUGCCCCAGGCAUUCCCAGUCGUCAGCCCCAAGGCGGCGGGCUUCCCCCGGGAUCCCAAGCCCCGGGCCAGGAGCCGGGGGCAGCCCCGAGAGCCCGCGCUCGGCCCCGCGGCACGGGCCCCGCCUCCCCCGAGCGCGCCGCCCAAAGGGAAGCCCUCUGAGCAGAAGCCCAGAGGGGGCAAGAGGAAGGCGGCCUGGGACCCAGAUGAGGAGCGACCACUGGGGACCGGGCCUGAUCCCGACGGGCUGGACGAGAACGCGAAGCUGACGGACACCUACUGUGCUGAGAAGUGGCACUCUCUCUGCAACUUCUUUGUCAAUUUCUGGAAUGGCUGA